GAAAACGUGUAUUGUGUUCAGUCAAGGGCUAAACGUUAAAUAGCUUUGUUCGAAGCGAGCUUGCUCAGUCUUUCGUUUGUUUGCGAUGUAAAGAGAGUUCAAAAGAUCUGCUAACUAUAUUCUUUAACACAUACAGAAGCUUGACAAAGGAAAAACAGUCGAGUUUUCACAACACUGGUAUUGACACAACGGAAAGAUAUCGCCUCGCGUUAAGACGAAGGAAGGAAAUUAGCCGAAGCGACAAGGAUUAGCAGCGAUUUAUUUUAAGGAGAAAUCUCGCCUCUUGCACUCUAUCGCGUAACAGCUGUAUCGAAUUGCUUCGCGUAAUCUCUCGUUAAAACGAUUAAAAGGCAAUCUGCACGAGCAACGUGGUUCACAGAGCGCCUGGACAGAACAGAAGUUACCAACGACCACAGACCUAUAAAGUUUUCGCCGAAAUUCAACACAACGCGUUCGCUGUUGUGAAAUCGGAAUCCCAAAGGUAUAAUUUAGAAUUCUUCUACACUUGAAAGCUUAUUGUUGAAGUUCAGCAGUGUUUAAAUAGAUUUAAACAUACAGUUUAAGUAUAUUUCAAAAGCUAAUUCGGGGACGUUUUAUAUUCCAGGAGAUAGGUGGUGGUCACACGAAGAGUAUUUGGUGAAAAAUCGUCCAAGAAACUCGCUAUUUUCCCGAGCAUUUUGGAAGAAAUUCAAGGCGGCAAAGUCGAUCUCGAAGGCAGUUACUGUAGAACUUGAAGACGAAAGCUUGAUCAAAUAUUUAAUCGUGUUAAGUGAUUUAUCGUUAAAAUGGCAACCACGACUCAGGCUGGUGUAGUGGCGACGAAUGCCGAGCAAAAUACGACGAAGUCCGAGCAACACAUCAAGCGACCAAUGAACGCGUUCAUGGUGUGGUCACGUGACAUGCGACGCAAGAUGGCCGCCGAGCAUCCGAGAAUGCACAACUCUGAGAUCUCGAAAGCCCUGGGUCUACAAUGGCGCGUUUUACCCGAGAAAGAAAAGGUUCCGUACAUCGACGAGGCGAAACGACUCCAAGCUGAACACAGCAUUCGUCAUCCGAACUAUAAGUACAAGCCUCGACGCCGUAAACCGAAAGCGGUCAAAAAGGACACGCGUUUUCCAUUCCCGUUCCCACCAACGGCCGAUAAUGGAGCCCUAAAGGUACCUGGUUAUCCCCAAAGCAUGCCCCCAGAAGGUAUGUAUCCAUAUUAUCAAGUCCCUUCGACGACAUACAUGCAAUAUCACGACCCGUAUCAAGCCGCGAGGCAAGCGACCUUCUAUUCACAAUCUCAAGGUAACGUUCAUUCACCAACUGGGGUAUCCCACGGCGAUAUAAGCCGCGAUCUAGCUGGGUACAGACCUGACGUUGUACAAAUGCACAGCGCACCACCUCAUCUAUACCCUAUUGAUCCCAUCAACGUCCCCACACAAGCGACCUCGGUAUACAGCGGUACCACGACGUCCCUGAGUAACCCCGCGAUGGCAGUAAACAGCUCGAACUCAGAGAAUCCUCAAAUUCACUAUCAGCAAUAUUUUGCUCAGAGACAUAUAAACUUAUAGACGUGUUUAGUGUUUAAAAACUCUUUAUCCUUGAAUCGUUUCGUUGUAAGUAAUACUAUCAAUCUAGCGUUUAAUCGAUGUCUACCUUUGGCGUUUGUUUAAGACUACAUAGCGAGAUUAUUUAUAACUCUAUUUAAGGCACAAAAGAUACUAAGCUAGAUAUAUUUCUAAUAUUCGCUAGAGUUUGUGUGACAUUAUCAAUACGACAGACAUUUCGUAUUCUCGACUGUCAAUUACGAAAAACAUUGCGCGAAAAUUGAAAUCCUCGAGACUUUAUUGGAAGCUGGUGAAAUUUAUUUAUAAGCCAAUAUUGGUGGACAUGAUACUAAUUUAGUAAUUUGUGUGUGUGAGUUUAUGCUAUAGUUAUAUAAUUGUACAAGAUAUUAUUUUUGUUACUGUCAGAAAUUGUGUAUAAAUUUUACAAAAUACAUUAACUAAUCAGUAUUUCUACACUACGUCUGGCGUGAUGAACUUAGAGAUUAAUUGCCAGAACGAGGCAAGCAUGUUUAGUCUGCUGUGGAUAUUGCAGUCUUGUAUUUUCGAAACAACUAAAAAUAGAAUUUAUCAUUAGGUAUCCAACUUAAAGGCAAAGCUAGCUUAUUUAGAAGAAAGCUGGUUUAUACUAUCGAUUAAUUUUUCUUUGAUCAGAUUGUGUUGGCAGUUUAAACCUCUUUCAAAGACUUACACUGGAUUUACAGUAUCGACAUUUCUUUAAACAAAAUGCAUGACCAUUGUAAACCGCUUUAAAAAAAUCCGACCAAGCAUAAAUUUUACUCAGAAAUCUUAGCUUAUAUUAAACGUUUACCGCAAGCUAUGCACCAGUGUCGCCAAUUUGUCGUUGGUCGCAGAAAUGUCGAGAGUUUAAUUAAAUAGUUCCGCUUCCAACAAAAUUACUUAAAAUUCUAAUAGCUGUUAAAAAGAAUUUCCCUCUUAAGUCAAGUAUGUUUAUAUAUUUUGGCUACACGUACUCAAACACGCAAAACUCGUGGUGAAUAGGCCAUUAAUCUAAUUUGUCGACCGCAUUUAUGAGCCUACAUUUAUACGGCAUUAUGGCAACACUUUGAGACAUAAUCAUUUAAUACAACACAAGACCAUUUGUUGAAAUUACUUCUAAUCUAACAAUUUUAUUGUGUAAAUAGCAUAGUUUAGACGUAGAAAAUAGCUUUGUUUGUUUUGAAUUGUGUAUAUAUUUUUGAGAGCCGACGUGCUUAAGUUGAGAGCACUCAUUAAAUAUUUUAU